UUUCUUCGCCCUUCCUUGAUUUCCUGUUAUGGAAUUUCCUUCAAAACAACACAGUUCUUGAAGCAUUUUGAAAAUGGAAAAUUAGUACCAUCGUUACCGAGGAUGAAUACAGCUCUGAAACACUGGAAGGAGGCAGCGACUGUCAUUAUAUCUGCGGGUACGAGGCACAAACUUUCAGAUGGUUUGUCAAGGUGCCUCGAUAAAGGCACCUCUACACCUACAACAGGAAUUGAAGGACUGUCAAACUUUCCACAUGAGUCCACCUUUGAUUAUGAUGUGCUUUUGUUGAAACGAAGCGGUAAAAGUGGGUUUAUGCCUAAUGCUUACGUCUUCCCAGGAGGGUUGGUAGAACCUUCUGAUUUCUCUAGCGAAUGGCUGGACAUAUUCAAGGCUUUUCGGCGCUCGCCAAAUUUCGGUUUAGGAACUGUCAAACAGCCACCGGCAACCAGACCUCCUAUUUUCGCUACGGAUAGGAUGAAACUCGGUUCUCCCAUCCCAGGAGAUGUGGCGUUUCGAAUAUGCGCCGUUCGUGAGACAUUCGAGGAAUCUGGAGUGCUUCUGGCUGUGCCUAAAGAGGAGGAAAAUAGUUUACUCAAAACCAUUGAGAAUACGAGUAGUCAAAACCAGACCGAAUUGACAAGAGUAUACAAGAUGUGUGACAAAAGCGAACUCGCUAAGUGGAGAGCGUUGGUUAAUAAGAAUCCCUCUAACUUCAUCAGAAUGUGCAGAGAGCUGGAAUGUUUGCCUAACAUUUGGGCAUUGCACGAAUGGGGUAAUUGGCUGACCCCUUCUGGCGUCUAUGAGAAGCAAAGGAGAUACGAUACUGCCUUCUUCAUGUGCUGCUUGCAAGAGACGCCGGACACCCUCCAAGACGAGAAGGAGAUUGUUCAUUUUAAGUGGUCGCCACCUUCGGAGAUACUCCAUAGCUUCCUGGGCCGCAAGCUAUGGAUCGCCCCACCUCAGUUCUACGACCUCAGCCGAAUGUGUCGUUUCCCCUCCUUGGCUCAUCUGCACAACUUUGCCAGCCGGAGAGCCAGCGAGGGCUGUGAGCAUUGGUUACCUGUCCGCCUGGUGACCGACAACGUCUACAUAUCGCUCCUUCCAGGUGACUCCUUGUACCCAGAAGAUGGCUCCGGCCAGAUCGACAUGAACAAGACCACAGAUGCAACCCUCCAGGAAACGGAGCAGGGGAGCUCAGCGCUUCACCGCAUAGUGUGCCACGACCUGCACACCGCUGCCGUCCACAUUUCCAUCACGCCCAAGUACAACCACCUGCUGCCCUUCGGAAACACUUCCCUGCGAAGCGACACCAACAGUCAGCUUUGACCAAGCAGUCUUCCUGUCCUUUAUAACUGGGCUCAGCACUCUGGCCAAACUCUUCAUUGCUGUACAUUAGCCUACAGCAAAACUAAUAUUUAUGAAUAUUAUUAGUAAAUUAUAUUAAUAUAAUGUAAUAAAACUACGAAAUAAAGUGUCUUGAGAGUAUUAUCGCAGAGGUGACGACCGUGACGACCAUUCCGCAACAUCGAAUCCCGGCAAAAUCACUUCCUAUGUUAUUUUCUCUGAUUUGUUGACUGGAUUUGUUUACUGCUGACUUAAAUUAUAUUUAUAAUUGUGGAAAUAAAAUAUAUACUUCUA